AUGAAAUUGCUCCCUGCACUUACGGCUCGGUUUGGUGAUCGUGAUACAUCGAUCAUGAUUCUAGCAGCAAAAAUGCACCCAGAGACUGCAAAAGUUGCCGAACUUCUUGAAAUUGAGCAGAUCGAGCAUUGGAUCAAAGCCGGUAAAAAUCCAGAUCAAGUUUUUGAGCUGAUGGAUUUUGACUUUCAAAGCCUGUCAUCGAUCAACAAGUGGUUUUGCUUUGUGGAUAAAUAUUUUCUGAGUCAUGAAAGAUUGUCAUUUAAUCCAAUUUUGACCUUAGAAAAACGUUUUAGCAUAAGCGAGCUAGUUAGAAUGAUCGCGAAAGAGAGAAAUCCAAACAAUGUCGAAGGAUUAAAGGAACUGGUGAUCCAUAGUUUGUUCAAUAGUAUGCAAAGCAAUUUAUGUGUGUUGGGGCAGCUAAGUGACGGCGGGCAAAACAAUGUGAUCGUCAACUCUCUUUUGAAUUCGCGUAAGCAAUUCAGCGAGAACAUAAAAAAAUUGCCGGAUAUAACGAUGCUUGAGAACAGUCUUGAUUCUGAGUUACUCACAUCCGAUAUAAUGUACCAGCUUAAAUUCAAGGAUCGCGCUCACGAUGGUUUGUUGCUUAAUGCUUACGACGUCUACGUUAGUGCCUACAACAAGCAGAGCCCUGCGGCACAUUUCACUUUGCUCGCGGUACUCAUUACUAGGUUUGGAUCUAAUGAGGUUUUGAAGAUGAUCUAUUCAGCAAAAUCGGAUUUGGUUGUUAUGAAAUUUGCUAAGCAUCUUGAAGAUGAUCAAUAA